AUGGGCUGUCAGUAUGUGGAAGAUGAUGGGAAAUGUAGUUCAUGUGACAUUACUUGCUAUAAGUGUAAAGGACCAACGAAUGAGGACUGCCUUAGCUGCUUGUUGACUAGGUUCUUUGAUGAUGGACGCUGUGUACUGCAGUGCGAGUCUGGAAAGUAUGAAAGGGAUGGGCAGUGUCAUCGCUGCCAUCAUACAUGUCAUGAGUGUAAUGAUGAGGGUCCUGACAAAUGCACCAGCUGCAGCAGAGAUAAGCUGGGAGUGGAGCGCUACCUGUUCGGCGGUGAGUGUGUGGAAAGCUGCCCACUGUCACACUACCACUCGACAAAAGGCACGUGCGAGCCAUGUGGUCCGAACUGCACCGUCUGCACGAGUGCGACACACUGUGUUCACUGCGCCUUGUCAUUCAGCCCCAGAGACGGUGCGUGCGUCAAGCUGGAGUGCGCAGACGGUGAAGUGACUGAUGAAGUUCGUGCGGAUUGUGUUACUUGUGAAGAAGGCUGUCAAAAGUGCCUCAGUGCAAAUCCAGCACACUGCGUGUCCUGCCUCAAAGGGUAUUACAAAUUAAGGACAAGUUGCCAUAAGUUUUGCCCUGAGAAAACAUAUGGAGAUGAUGACUAUAUGGUGUGCAGUCCAUGUGAUGAUUACUGUGUCAACUGUGAUGAGUCCCAGUGUUACCUCUGUGAAGAUGGCUUCUUACUCUCAGACGGCACAUGUGUGAGGAACUGUAAAGAGGGUUUUUAUUCUGACGAGAGCCACGAGUGCGAGCCAUGUCACCACGAGUGUCGCUCAUGUGGCGGGCCAUACUAUGACGACUGCGACUCUUGUGAAGAUGGCAUGCGUUUGCUGAACGGGCAGUGUGUCAACAUGAGCAAAGCAAUCCAUUGUGACCCCUCACACUUUGUCAACGGACAGGGGGAUUGUGAGCAGUGUCAUCCUACCUGUAAUCUGUGUUGGGGGCCAAGGGUUGAUGAGUGUAAUUCCUGCAUGGAUGGUAUGUUUCUAGUUGCAAGAAGUCAUACGUGUGUACCAUCCUGCCCUGAGGGUACAUUUGGGAACAAGACAAGUGGGCACUGCGAGAACUGCCUGCCAAACUGUUUCAAGUGCCAUGAAGCCCAAAACUGCCUCAAGUGUAGACGUCAUUUCUACCUACAGAAUGGCUUAUGCGUUGACAAGUGUACAAAGGGUUACCCUGAAAGCGGUGUUUGCCAUGGCUGUGCUGAACAAUGUGCCUCGUGUGAAAACCAAGCUGGUUAUUGUCUGAGCUGUGAGCAGCAGUACCUGCUUCACAGACACACCUGUGUGGUCCACUGCCCUGUGGGAUACCAUGCCAAAGACAACGUGUGCGAGCAGUGUCCUAACAGCUGCACCCAAUGCGAUGCAAAAAGCCGAUGCACUGAAUGUGAGCAGUACUAUUUCCUGUAUGAGGGCACGUGUAUGGAUGACUGUCCAAUAGGCUACUUUCCAAAUGUGCAAGAAAAGAAAUGUGAGCGUUGUCAGACAAAUUGCGCAACCUGUGAUGGACCUGAUACAGACGACUGUAUAUCGUGCCGAAAUCCUACAGAUGUCCGCUACAAUGGAGCAUGUCUCUCCACCUGUCCAUCAGGCACAUACCAGGACAAGACUGUGUCUGAAUGUCGGGACUGCGAUAGGUCCUGCCUGACCUGCUCUGGCCCUCACCCUUCCUCAUGCUCCAGCUGUAGGCCCAACAUGAGGAAAGAUGUUAACGGCCAUUGUGAGUUCUAUAGCAACUGCUCUCUAAGCACAUUUGAGGAUAAAGAUGGGCAGUGCAAACCGUGCCACGCAAGCUGUCUCCGCUGUUCGGGCGCAGGCGAACAUCUGUGCCUCAGCUGCCGCUCUGGCUAUUACCUGCACAUGUGCCAUGGACAUCACAGUAAUGACUGCCUCAGAUGCAAAGAAGGCUAUUUCAGGUCGGGAAGCACCUGUCUGCAAAAAUGCCCUCCCAGAUAA